UUUAGUUUGUUAUACUGACAUCUAGUGGUAGGGGGGACUUAAAACUUAUGUUCGAGGUAGGUCCUCCAUUUUGUCUGAGGGCGCAGCAGCGUAAUGAGGCAUGGCAGAAUCCAAAUCCAUCCUCUCUUUUAUGAUCUUGAUUUCGCACAAAUUUUUCACAAAAGAGGACGUCCAAUAAACAACCUCAACGUCAGCUCCUGUCUGAAGUGUUCUAUUGGGCAAGUGUUUAGCUCACUGUCUAACCAUGUAUUCGGUACAGCACCUGGUGAGGGCAGUAGAGUGAAAAAUUUGUAAAUACAUCAAGAACAUCACGGCGGAUUGCAUAUGCAUUACGUUCUUGUGAAGUGCUAACAUGUCAAGUGUGCCAGAUCCUAAUGAAGCGGCGAACCUGGAGGUCAGGUCUGAGUGUAAAGCUUCAUCAGCAAGGUCAAUGUCAUCACGUCGAUCCUGCAAAUCACAUGCAAGCCAGGCUGCAGCAGAAGCUCGGGCAAAAGCGGAAGCAGCUCGCACCAGAGCAGAAUUUGCAAGACGGCAAAUCGACAUGGAAGUUGAAAGAGCUCGCCUUGAUGCUACACUUAAUGCCCUUAAAGAGGAAGGUGAAGCUGAAGCUGCCCUAGCUGCGGCAAAAGUAUUAGAGACUGCUGCAGUUAAUGAAGACAGUAAAAGUGAAGUUGGCAUCACUGGGCCUCCUUUAGCAUCAGCUGUGUCACGACAACGCACUGAUGAGUACAUUAAUACUCACUUCGGUCAUCAGCAAGAUGAAAUGAAGGAUUCUUCUCAGACUCGGCCUGUGGGUGCCACAUACAGCAGACAACCCAAUGUGCAGCCUCUCUCUUCUUACACAUCUCGCCGAUUUCAAGACACUGAAGCCACGCAUCACGUCAGCCUUAAAGCCUAUGGUCCCUUGUCACCCCACAGCAAGAAUACAAUGAACACUCCUCAUGAAGUCGGUGGCAAGCCUACACAGAUUUCCACAGACAUUUCAGACCUAGCGGCUUUCCUUGCUCGUCGUGAUCUUCUUUCAACAGGGGUUAAAGUAUUUGACAAUCGGCCAGAGAAUUACACAUCAUGGAAAUCCACCUUCUGCAGCGCCAUAGAAGGUUUGAAUCUCAGACCUAGCGAGGAGCUGGAUUUACUGACCAAGUGGCUUGGCGGGGAGUCACUUCAGCACGCUCUAAGAAUCAGAGCAGUCCACAUCAAUAACCCAGCAGUGGGUCUUGAGAGACUGUGGCAAAGACUAAAUAAAAACUAUGGCUCUCCUGAAGUCAUAGAAGCUUCACUUUUCAAGCGUCUUGAGAACUUCCCGAAAUUCUCUGCUAAGGAUAGUCGACAGCUUCUAGAGCUUGCUGAUCUCCUCCUGGAGGUAGAAACCGCCAAAAAUGAAGGCUACUUAUCAGGCUUAAACUUCCUUGAUUCCGCAAGAGGGAUUAACUCAAUUGUGGAAAAGCUCCCACAUUACCUUCAAGAGUCGUGGGUUGCUCAAGGCACUAGAUACAAACAAGAGCAUUUGGUGCAUUACCCUCCAUUUUCAUUCUUUGUUAAUUUUAUUAACUAUCAUGCGGAAAUGAAAACAGACCCAAGCUUUUCCCUUGAAAGUUCUAGUGCAGCACCCCCAAAAUCUGAGAGGACUCUAGAGAAGCAGUGGAAGGCUAAGUUUCCCGUCUCUGCUAACAAGACAGAAAUUGAAGCCUCCAAAUCUGCGGAUAACAAAAAGCUAUGCAUGGAUCCAGACAAGCUCUGCCCUAUUCACAAGAAACCACACUCUUUGAAGAAAUGUAGGGGAUUCAGAAUGAAAACUUUGGAUGAGAGGAAGAGCUUUCUCAGGGAGCAUUCAAUUUGCUACAAGUGCUGCAUGUCAGUAACCCAUAAAGCUAGAGAUUGUAAGGCAGUUACUCACUGUUCAGAGUGCAACAGCGAUCUGCACAUUUCAGCCCUUCAUGAUGGUCCUCCACCAUGGAUGAUAAGAGAGUCUUCCAUUUCAACAGAGGAGCAUGACAGAAAACAAACCGACCACGGCUCCCCUAUCACAACAUCCAGCUGCACAGAAGUCUGUGGGGAAGGCCUCCAUGGCAAGUCAUGUGCAAAGGUGUGUCUAGUCAAUGUGUAUCCCAAAGACUGUCCUGAACAAAAGAAGAAGAUGUACGUAAUUCUGGAUGACCAGAGUAAUGUGUCAUUGGCCAGGUCUGCUUUCUUUGACGUAUUCAACAUUCAAGGACCUGUCUCUCCUUACACCUUGAAAACAUGCUCUGGCAUAACAAACACUAGUGGAAGAAGGGCCAUGGGAUUCAUCAUAGAAGCUCUACAUGGGGGUGUGCCUCUGGCAUUGCCAACACUUGUUGAGUGCAACUUGAUUCCCAACAACAGAGAGGAAAUUCCCACACCAGAGGCUGCUACUCAUUAUCCUCAUCUUAGACCCAUUGCUGGCAAAAUCCCACCUCUUGACCCAGUAGCCGAAAUCCUCCUAUUGCUUGGAAGGGACAUUAUCCGUGUCCACAAAGUUCGCAGUCAUUGUAAUGGGCCACAUAAUGCACCAUAUGCCCAACGACUCGAUUUGGGAUGGGUAAUAAUAGGAGACGUGUGCCUGAAAGGAGCCCACAAGCCUAAUGUGAAUGCAUUUAAGACCAGUAUUCUGGAGAAUGGUCGUCCCAGUUUCUUCAGACCAUGUGUGAACCACAUCAGUGUCAAAGAGAGGUUUACAAGUGACCAAGCAACUGCGCCUACGGAAAAAUUGGGUCAAGAUAACCUUGGUAAGCAGAUCUUUAGUCGCACCAUAGAAGACAACCAAGUGGCGCCGUCAGUUGAAGACAAACUUUUCCUCCAUAUUAUGAAUGAAGAGUUCUCCAAGGAUGAAUCUAACAGUUGGGUGGCCCCUCUCCCAUUUCGGUCACCAAGACAGCGCCUGCCUAAUAAUAGGGAACAGGCCCUUAAACGUCUGAUGUCUCUUCGACAUACUUUGAAGAAGAAGCCAGAGAUGAGGGACCACUACGUGCAGUUCAUGGAGAAGAUUUUCAGUAACGGUCAUGCAGAACCAGCUCCUACUCUGGAACAUGGAGAUGAAUGUUGGUACUUACCAAGCUUUGGUGUCUACCACCCUCAAAAGCCUGGUCAAAUCAGGGUGGUGUUUGACUCCAGUGCCCAGUACAAUAAUGUGUCCCUGAAUGACGUGCUACUCAAGGGCCCAGAUCUAAAUAACAGUCUGAUCGGUGUGCUCGUCCGUUUCAGAUGUGAACCCUUUGCGGUGAUGGCUGACAUUCAGCAAAUGUUUCACAGCUUCUUAGUUAAAGAAGAGCAUCGGGAUUAUCUCCGUUUCUUGUGGUUCCAUGAACAUAACCUUGAUGGGGACAUCGUGGAGUUUCGGAUGAAGGUCCAUGUGUUCGGUAAUUGCCCAUCUCCAGCAGUUGCCAUCUAUGGUUUGAAAAGGACAGCCAUGGAAGGAGAAGGGGAAUAUGGAGCAGAUACAAGACUCUUCGUGGAACGCCAUUUUUACGUCGACGAUGGACUUAAGUCAUUUGCUACCACGAAAGAGGCAAUUGAUGUGCUAAAGAAAGCUCAGUGCAUGUUGGCACAAUCCAAUCUGCGACUGCACAAAAUAGCAUCCAACAGCGCAGAAGUCAUGGGAGCCUUUACAGAUGAGGACCUUGCUAAGGAGCUCCAGGGUCUUGUGUUCGGGGAAGACUUUGCACCUCCACAACGAAGCCUAGGGCUCGGCUGGGACCUGUCCUCAGACAGCUUUACAUUUCGAGUAGAUCUCAGUGAGAGGCCUUUUACAAAACGGGGGGUGCUGUCCACAGUCAAUAGCUUGUACGACCCGCUGGGAUUUGCCACACCUGUCAGCAUCGAGGGUCGCUUGAUAUUAAGGGACAUCACUUCUAUUGCCUGUGAUUGGGAUGCACCGCUCCCAAAGGACAGCUACGAAAAAUGGCAGAGAUGGAGAGUUUCUCUUCAGGACUUAAAAGAGCUAAAGUUACCAAGGAUGUACACAUCACUUCCUUUGUCAAAGGCUAAAAGGAAAGUAAUGUUUGUGUUUUGUGAUGCAUCCAUCAAGGCGGUAGCAGCUGUUGCUUACCUGAGCGUAACAGACGGAGAAGGUCACAGUGAAGUCGGGUUCAUUUUUGGGAAAGCUAAGCUUGCUCCAAAACCAGAGAUCACAGUCCCACGACUCGAACUCUGUGCUGCGGUGCUAGCCGUCGAGAUAGCAGAGCUGCUCCAGGAGGAGUUAGAUAUGACACUGGAUGACGUGCAGUUCUUUACCGAUAGCAGAGUGGUGCUGGGCUACAUCGUCAGUGAGUCAAGACGCUUUUACGUUUAUGUUCACAACCGUGUGCAACGCAUCAAGCAGUCAACAAAAGCAAGUCAAUGGAAUUAUGUGUCUACCAACAACAACCCAGCUGAUCAUGCAACCAGGUCACUACCAGCCAACCAGUUGUCCUUUUCUUCAUGGCUAACAGGACCUAACUUUCUGACUGAGGUGGCACAGAGUCGGUGUUGCAAGGAGAGUUUCGGCCUAGUGGAACCUGAUUCAGAUCCAGAGGUACGUUCAGAGGGCACAACUUGUGUCACCAGCCUGGCUCACAACACGUUCAGCAGUGUACGUUUUGAGCGGUUCUCUACUUGGAAGACUCUUGUGAGGGCUGUUUCACUGCUCAAACACAUUGCAAAGUCUUUCAGCCAUGGAUUUAAGCAUGACGUCUGUCACGGCUGGCAUAGGUGCAACAUGCAUCUCGGUGAAGAGCAACUGAACCAGGCUAAAGCCACAAUAAUCUUCACUGUUCAGAGAGAAGCAUAUUCAGAUGAGGUCAGAUGUCUCCAGCAUGGUCAAUCGGUCAGCAAAUCAAGCCCGCUCAGCAAACUCCAUGUUUUCGUCGACGUAAGUCAACUUCUCAGAGUUGGAGGCCGGCUAACGCAAGCCCAGCUUACGUCAGACGAAUCGCACCCUAUGCUCAUCCCUGGAAGGCAUCAUGUUGCCCUGUUGUUGGUCAGGCACUUCCAUAAGAGAACUUGUCACCAGGGUAGGCAUUUUACAGAGGGAGCUGUGAGGGCAGCCGGAUUCUGGAUUGUUGGGGGAAAGAGGUUGAUCAGCAGUGUGAUUUUUCACUGUGUGAUCUGUCGCAGGUUGAGAGGCAGACAAGAAGAGCAGAUCAUGGCUGACCUGCCUGCAGACCGACUGAGCACAGAUCCUCCUUUCACGAACGUGGGUUUAGACGUGUUCGGUCCCUGGGUUGUUGUAACACGAAGAACCAGAGGUGGGCAAGCCAAUGAUAAAAGAUGGGCCGUUAUCUUCACUUGCAUGAGCACUCGAGCAAUCCAUAUAGAGGUCAUUGAGUCCAUGGACACAUCCUCCUUCAUCAAUGCUCUCAGGCGAUUCUUUGCCAUCAGAGGACCGGUAAAGCAGUUAAGGUCCGACUGUGGUACCAACUUUGUGAGUGCUUGCAGGGAGCUUCAGAUCACGAAGAAGGGUUGUGACAACAGACAAAUUGGAAGCUACCUCUUGGAUCAAGGGUGUCGGUGGCUGUUCAACCCUCCGCAUGGUUCGCACAUGGGUGGAUCCUGGGAGCGAAUGAUCGGCAUUGCACGGCGCAUCCUUGACGCCAUGCUUCUGGAACAGGGUUCGGCAAAGCUUACGCAUGAUGUCCUAGUGACCCUUAUGGCCGAAGUGACAGCAAUAGUAAAUUCAAGGCCACUCACACCAGUUUCUACAGAUUCGGACCAGCCAAUCAUUCUCACCCCAGCUAUGCUGCUCACUCAGAAAGUAGGCACAGCACCAGUACCACUUGGUCAAUUCAAUGGAGCGGACCUUUUCAGAAAUCAGUGGCGGCGUGUCCAGAGCCUAGCUAAUACAUUCUGGGAUCGCUGGAAAAAGGAAUACAUUAACGAACUCCAAGGACGUCGGAAAUGGAGAACUGAAAGGCCUAACCUUCAAGAAGGAGAUGUUGUGCUAUUGAAGGAUAGCCAAGUGAAAAGGAAUGACUGGCCAGUUGCACUGGUUACCAGGACAUUUCCUAGUCAAGAUGAUAAAGUCAGGAAGAUAGAAGUAAGGAUUGUAAAGAAUGGUGAACAGAGACUGUUUUUAAGACCCGUGACAGAGGUCGUUCUUCUUGUUUCUAAGGAAACAAUCUAGAGGGAAAUGUGAAUGCAUACUGUGAUACACCUUAUCCUAUGUUAUUACUUAACUUGGUAUUCUACCAAGUUAGGCGGGGAGUGUUCUGGUUCCAGUGGAUUUAGUUUGUUAUACUGACAUCUAGUGGUAGGGGGGACUUAAAACUUAUGUUCGAGGUAGGUCCUCCAUUUUGUCUGAGGGCGCAGCAGCGUAAUGAGGCAUGGCAGAAUCCAAAUCCAUCCUCUCUUUUAUGAUCUUGAUUUCGCACAAAUUGUGAGUAUUAUUUUCAGUUGGACAUUUUUCUGAUGAGUAGCAAGCUCAUUGUAUGCAGAUUGACAUUUCUUAUUGUUCAAUGACCUCAUAAUCAGAGCUGGUGAUCACAUGGCAAUGUUCAAUCAGAAACAACUGUGUUAUUGUUAGAUUCUUAAUGUUUCAGAGUUGUCUUUAAUCAGUUGUAUAUUGAAUAGGGUGUGCAACUGGUACAAAUGUAGAUUGUUUCAUGGUAUAAGUGAUUUCAAUGUAACACUGUUAUCCAUUUCUUUGUCGUUAUGUCAAUGUUAACAGUUUCACAAAAGAGGACGUCCAAUAAACAACCUCAACGUCAGCUCCUGUCUGAAGUGUUCUAUUGGGCAAGUGUUUAGCUCACUGUCUAACCAUGUAUUCGGUACAGCACCUGGUGAGGGCAG